CGCCGAACCGGGACGCGCCGGGCCGGGCUCUGCGGAACCGCGGGGGCCCCGUCGGGCCGGGGGAUGCGCGGGAGGCUCCGGGACUACAAAUCCCAGGGUGCCGCGGCCCGAGGGGGCGGGCGGGCGGCGCGGGGGGAGCGGCCGCGGGGUCCCCCCGCCCUGCUGAUGUGUCCGGGCGCUGCGGGGGGAGCGCGGCCGGGGCUGACGCGUGUCCUGCCCCGCAGCGCUCCGGCGCCGGCAGCCGGCCAUGGCCUCCAAGCUGCUGCGGGCCGUGGUGCUCGGCCCCCCCGGCUCGGGCAAGGGCACGGUGUGCGAGAGGAUCGCCCGCAGCUUCGGGCUCCAGCACCUCUCCAGCGGGCAGUUCCUGCGGGAGAGCCUCGGCGGCGGCGGCGAAGCUGGAGCCUUGGCCCAGCAGUACCUCGAGAGAGGCCUCCUGGUGCCUGACCACGUCAUCACGCGCGUCAUGAUGGCCGAGCUGGAGAAGCGGAGGGAGCAGCACUGGCUGCUCGAUGGUUUCCCUCGGACGCUGGGGCAGGCCAAGGCUCUGGAUGGGAUCUGCGAGCUGGACCUGGUGAUCAGCCUGAACAUCCCCUUCGAGACGCUGAAGGAUCGCCUGAGCGCCCGCUGGGUGCACCCCGCCAGCGGCCGGGUCUACAACAUGGACUUCAACCCUCCCCAGACCCGGGGUGUGGAUGACCUGACCGGAGAGCCGCUGGUGCAGCGCGAGGACGACAGGCCCGAGGCCGUGGCUGCGCGCCUCAGGAAGUACAAAGAUGCUGCCAAGCCCGUGAUAGAGCUCUACAAGAGCAGGGGCAUCCUUCACUCCUUCUCUGGCACAGAGACCAACAAGAUCUGGCCCUACGUGUACACCCUGCUGUCCAGCAGGAUCCCACCCAUCCUCUCGGACGAGGAGCACUAACCAGCUCGUGCCAAGCACCAGGACUUCAUCCCAUCCUGGAUUUGGUUCCCAGUGCAGUGCCAGGGCUGUGCUGGGCUCGGGUGGUCAUGGCUGGGUGACAUUGCUGGGUACCAGUUACAGCCAGGAUCAGAUCUUUGUUUAGAAGGUCAAGUCUGCUGGAAUAAGGGGUUUUUUUCCCUCUUUUGGGGCUAUGGAGCUUUCCUGCCCGUGGUCCAUGCCGGAUUGGUGGUGCUGACUGGGGCAUUGGUCAUUCCAGGUUUACACAGCUUUGCCAUGGUGUCCUUGCCAUCCCUUUCCAGCCCCAAUCCCUGGCUGAGCCCACACGUGCCAUCCUGUUGCUCCACAGGACUGUUUACUGCUGAGGACUCUCUAGGCUAAGGUGGUUUUUUUUUCUAUAAAUUAUUUUCUAUUAAAUGUAUUUCUCAGAGAAAUAAAGCUCUAGAAAGCAACACUUAGCCCAGUGGGAAUUUUGGGAGCAACAUGGAAAACGUGUGUACUACAGAGCUGAGAGAUGUGAUGCUCACAUUUCCAGCAGGAAAACACAGAAAAGAAGCAAAACCUUGGAAGUGAAACUCUCCCUUGUACUCCUUCCAUGGGGAGAGCUGAAUUCCCUGCUGGAAAAAGCUGCUGUACAGGUUUUUAUGGAAUGCUGUGACACUCAGCACGACCUGGGCUGGGGAUGAGUUGCACUCCCUUGUGCUUUCCUGGUUUAUAGCUUUCAAUACCACAAGAUAGCAAAGUCCUAAGAGUUUCUCCCAAAGAUUUAUCUCCACGUGGGCUUCAGUUUUGGGGAGAAAUCUUCAGUUCCAUCUUCUGUGCUGCCUUUGUCCCCGAGGUCCCCUGGCCAGGGGGUCCCUUCAGCUGCUCCUGCUGCAUCCCCCAGCAAAGUGACUCCCUCCUCAUGAAAUCCCAGAGAUCCUUCCUUCCUUGGGAUGCACCCAGGGCCAUGCCCAGGUGUUUUCCCAAGAUUUACAGCAUCCUUGGAUUGUGCUGGGGCUGGGCUUUUCCCAACUGGAAGUACUGUCACUCUCUUUCUGCAGGAGGCAGAACCCGAGCCAUGGGGACAAUUCCGGCCUCCUCGAGUUGCCUUAUUUUAUAAACUACAUAUUUCAGAAAAAGAGAGAAAAUAAAAGCAAGAUGUGUGUUUGUAAAGGUUUAAAGCGAACAAACAUACAAAAAGUGCUGAAUUUUAGCAUCACCUUUUGGGAAUUGUGCAUGGAGCUGCUGGAUCUGCAGGGAAUUCUGCUUCUGCCCGUGGGUCUCACAGGAGGGCAGGAACCUGGCACUGCCUGGCACCUCUUGGGUUAACCUGGGCACUUUUCUGCUGCUGGAUUUCUCUGGGUUUAGUUUUCCUUUAUUUUCCCUGUGGCCCACAGCAGGGAAAGGGGAAUGACCAGAUUUUUUAGGGAUUUUUUUCCAGGUGUGAAACUCCAGCUCCUGCCCGGGUUGAUUUAUCCCAGCUGAGCAUCCUCGUGCUGUCCAAGAUCCCCUAAAAUUUUCUUCAUCCUGGUGCUCUCCCCAGUGGAGCCAGAGUGGGAUCACUGCCCACAUCCCCCUGCUCACCCCUGCCUGGGGAGAGGCCACAGUGCUCCCACCUGCCCCAGGUGGGAAUUUUCCAGGUGGGAACAAAGGGAUUGCUGUCCCACGAGGCCUUUCCAUGCCCUGGUGCUGGGAGGCUGCAAAUCUUCCAGCUGGCAACGAAAGCCUGUUUCAGAAAGAUUUGGGAUUUUCCCACAGCCCUGGGAUGAAGGUCUGGGCUGGUUUUAGACACAAAUCCCGAAACAGCCAAAACCUGUGUGCUGCUUUCUUUGGAACAGCUUUGGGCAGGAGGGCAGGAGGUUUUAGGGGGUUUUUUUAGGCUAUAAAAGCAGCUGAGUGCCAGGCAGAAGGGCUGAUCCCUGCUUUACCUUCUCCUGUCCUUGUGUCCUGUUCUUUCCUCCUGCAAAAUUCCUCCUGAAGAGAAUUCCAUGCAGCCCAGCACAGGACAGGUCUGCAGAUGCCUUUUCCAGGCUUGGAGCCCUAUAGUGGGUGUAGAAAUCCCGUGGCUGUGCAUGCAUCCAGCCCUCGGGAUGGAAUUUUCUACCAGACCUGUUGCAUUUUCCGAGACCAAAUUCCAGCAGGGAAUUUGUCCCUCGCUGUGCAUCCCUGCCGUGCUCCCCUUCGGUAUUUUACUGUGAACCCCAAACCUUUUGUAAAGCCACAGCAAUUUUGUACCGACCCGAGAUACUGUGUGGAGGGAGGAGCCUCUCUCCCCCCCCCUGGAAUGUCACGCCGAGUUUGCUUCCCGGAGUUUUCUUCCCGGAGUUUUCUUCCCGGUGAAUCGCUGCAGCUGUGUUACUGCUCUCGAGAUGUAAAUAAAGAUUUUCUCCUGCUGA